CAGCUGACCAUUAAAAUGGCGUAUAAACAAACGUAAAUAAAGAGAAGAACAAAGGGAUUGUUUAUUUAUUUAUCAGUGACAUCGUUUGCAGUGCUACAAUUAUUUUUUUUUCAUUUAUUGUCGACUUCAGUAACAAUGUUAGAGUUAGAAGUUGUGCCAGAAACUUCCCUGGGAUGUGAUCAAUGGGAAUUCGUGCUAGGAAUGCACUUUUCACAGGCUGUUGCCAUCAUUCAAUCUCAAGUAGGAAUUAUCAAAGGGGUCCAAGUUUUGUACAGCGACUCAGCUCCUCUAGAAGCAGAUCUCGUGUUGAGUUUACCCCAGGAUGGCAUCAGACUUGUAUUUGACCCGAUCUCACAACGUUUAAAGAUAAUUGAUAUAGUUAAUAUGAGAUUAGUGAAAUUAAAAUAUUGUGGAAUGUUAUUCAAUACACCUGAAAUACUGCCGAGCAUCGAGCAAAUCGAACACUCAUUUGGAGCAACGCAUCCUGCAAUAUAUGAUGCUGAGCGACAAACGUUUGUUCUAAAUUUCCGCGGUCUUUCCUUUACUUUCCAUGUCGAUUCCAAGCUCCAGUCCAACAUAUCCCAUGCAGGGUUGACAUCUCUCAAAUUCCCGAAUGGACUAUCCCCAGUCGUUUCACAGCUGAGUGUGUAUGUUGGCAACAAACUUUCUAGCGCUUCUCCUCCACCAUUGCCUUUCUCAUGCUACCAGCAUCUCAUUUUUCUGGAGCAGGCUCAUAUUUUACGAGAUAAGAACUCGACUAAAGGUCUCAGACUGCAUCUGUUUUAUGAAGGGGUCAGUCGAGGAACAGAGAGCAAGAAAAAUUCCCUAGUCACUGAAAUCUAUUUUAAUGCCACCUGUCAAGAUGUUACCACAAUUCUUGGUGCUCCAUCACGCGUUUUUUACAAGGCAGAGGACAAAAUGAAGAUUCACAGUCCCAACGCACAUAAGCGAGUGACACGCAGGCGUUCUGAUUUCUUUUUCAACUACUUUUCUUUGGGCCUUGAUAUUCUCUUUGAUGCCAAAUCCCAAAAAGCGAAGAAGUUUGUCCUGCAUACCAACUACCCAGGACAUUAUAAUUUUAAUAUGUAUCAUCGUUGUGAGUUCAAUCUCAGUCUACCAGCUUCCCAAAUUCAAACUUCCAACACAGACAUCACUGAAACUAGGUGUACAACUCUGCAGGUAUCAGCGUAUACCAAAUGGGACACAAUUUCAGAGUACCUGAAACCAAGUGAACGACCAGUCGUCCUGAACCGGGCAUCUUCUACCAAUACGACUAAUCCAUUUGGUUCAACAUUUUGCUAUGGUUACCAGGAUAUUAUAUUUGAGGUCAUGCCAAACAAUCAUAUUGCAUCCAUGACUUUGUAUACUCAAGAAUUAACCAUUGGCCCCGAUCAAGUGAAUGAUGAGGUAUGACGAUGGCUUACCGCCACUGUCGCCACAGUGUGCACGUUGGCGGGCAAGUGUUGAUAGUUGACAGCUGUCAACCAGCACUGAACGUUGGAUGCCAAAAAUUUUGUCUGACACCAUGGAGCACAACUGCACUUUGGAUUUUUCGCAACUUCUAAUUAACCUUGAUACAUGAAAUCUCCUCAAUGCAAUUUGCACAAGUCUAGAUUAUCUACGAGUACUAACCUUGCAUCGAACUUGGUGGAAAUAUGCAUCUCCAAAAUCUUCUCAACGUAGUGAGUCUCUAAUAUGAAGAUCAUCGUUGUCUCUUUAUAUCAAAGAAGUGUCUGUAAGUAGGUUAUUAAGUUCUCUCUUUCUACAGAUAAGAAAUGCCAUAAAUGUAUAUAUUUAUUUUAGCUGUACUGUAUCCGAAUGCUUUACACAUUCAAAGAACUCUGAAAAUAUCAAUCCGCCAGGUGAAGCUUCUGUGCUCUGUUUAAUGAUUCGCUAUCAUUGAAAAAUUGGUGUGUAUUUGUAUCCCUUAGAGGAUAUGUAUAAGCCAGAGUUUGUUAUUUACACUUUGUCUCAUCCUUUGAGGCGCUUUGUUAAAAAGUUUCUGAUCUUAAAAAUGGAAAUAAAACCCGUGAGUUAUCAAUUAAAAGGAACUUGUCCUCAUA